AUGUCAGUUCCAUCUUGUGUGCAAGAGCUUUUGGCUAAGUUGGAAGAACUUCCAUGGGUUGAAUACCAAGUUCCUAGUGUCGAGAGACCAUUUGGUUUGCAUUUAUGGCCAAUUUUCAGCAAAGGUUUCGAAGCUGUUGCGGGAUAUCCAGCUGACGAGUUCCAAUUCAUUCAUAACAAGACCCUAAUGGCCAAUGGUUAUCAUGCUAUUGCUGCUAUUAUCGUGUACUACAUUGUAAUUUUUGGAGGCCAAGCGCUAUUGCGUAAGGCUAAUGCUGCCCCAUUGAAAUUGAACUUCUUGUUCCAGUUGCACAAUUUGGUGUUGACCAGUGUUUCUUUGGGUUUGUUGUUGUUAAUGAUCGAACAAAUUCUUCCAAUGAUCUACCACCACGGUCUUUUCUAUGCUAUUUGUUCUAAGGAAGCUUUCGCUCCAAAAUUGGUUACUUUGUACUACUUGAACUACAUGACUAAGUUCUUGGAAUUGUUCGACACUGUCUUUUUGAUCUUGAAGAGAAAGAAGUUGUUGUUCUUGCACACCUACCACCAUGGUGCUACCGCAUUGUUGUGCUACAGUCAAUUGCAAGGUAAAACUUCCAUUGAAUGGUUAGUCAUUAUGUUGAACUUGGGUGUCCACGUCGUCAUGUACUGGUACUACUUCCUCAGCUCCAGAGGUAUCAGAGUCUGGUGGAAGGAAUGGGUCACCAGAUUCCAAAUCAUUCAAUUCUUGAUUGACUUGGUCUUCGUGUACUUCGCUACUUACACCUUCUACGCUGACAAGUACUUCCCUGACAUUCUACCAAACAAGGGUACCUGUUACGGUACUGAAUCUGCUGCUGCAUACGGUUAUCUGAUCUUGACAUCUUACUUGGUGUUGUUCAUCUCCUUCUACAUUCAAUCCUACAGAAAGGGUGCAUCCAAGAAGAGAGAAUCCGAAGCCAAGGCUGCUGCUGCUAACAAGGCCGCUUCUGCAACUACCACCGGUGCUCAGACCCCACAAAAGUCUAAGGGCAAAGGUAAGAGCUCCAAGAGAGUUUAG